CACGCUGCUUUCUACUGUGCCAGAUUAUUGACGAUGGCGAGCAAAGAAACAUCAACAACAUCAUUGCCUAACAUAAUAGCCCAAAACUAAAACAAGCAUCACCAUCAACAGCAUCUGGGACAGAAAACAGGUACACAGUUCAUCAGCUGAUCAACUGUGUACCUUCAGACUCCGGUAGGAGGGCGAGCAGGUUGGCUGAAGCCAAGUCAGAGCAGAGGACGCGGCGUGACGGACAGAUAGGGAAGGGCAUCAGUCGAGAGCGCACAGAUAUAUUUUGAUCACUUUGUUACAAUAGUGAGUAAAACAAUGUGGGAUGAAAUGAACGUGGUAUAAAAAGCUGCCACAUAGGCUUUCGAGAAGAAGAGCAAGAGGACACCCAAGGAAAGGAAGCCAAGUUCAACUAUAGCCACCUGGAAAAGAUGUCAGAGGGACCCUCAUAGCUGGAAAACAACUUUACCUAAGCUCUUAUAACCAAUCCUCUCCACCAACUGACUGAUUGACAGCCACCUGGUCCAAUCACUGUUGCUCUCUUCCCCACAUCCCAUCUCCAACCUCCACUCCACCACAAUGGCAUCCUACAGCCCCGCCCCCACGCAAGCACACGUCACCAACGGCAGGUCGCCAUCGCUCAAGUCGGGCGACUCUGGGGGCAACGAUUCCAUGAAGCUGAAGAAGGAGAUCUCUCUCCUGAACGGCGUGUGUCUCAUCGUGGGCAACAUGAUUGGCUCGGGCAUCUUCGUCUCGCCUAAAGGUGUGUUAAUCUACAGCGCCUCCUAUGGGCUGUCGCUGGUAGUGUGGACCAUCGGCGGUAUCUUCUCUGUGUUCGGGGCCUUGUGUUAUGCCGAGCUGGGGACCACCAUCACCAAGUCAGGGGCCAGUUAUGCUUACAUCCUGGAGGCCUUCGGAGGGUUCCUGGCCUUCAUCAGGCUGUGGACUUCCCUGUUGAUCAUAGAGCCCACCAGCCAGGCGGUCAUAGCCAUCACCUUCUCUAACUACAUGGUGCAGCCCGUCUUCCCCACCUGCAUAGCCCCCUACCUGGCCAACCGCAUGCUGGCAGCGGCCUGUAUAUGUUUGCUGACCUUUGUGAACUGUGCCUAUGUGAAGUGGGGGACGCGUGUCCAGGACUUCUUCACCUAUGCUAAGGUCAUCGCCCUCAUCGCUGUCAUCAUCACCGGCCUGUUCAAGAUAAGCCAAGGUCAGACACAGAACUUUGAGGGCAUGUUUGAGGGCUCGUCGACGGAUCCAGGAAACAUAGCUCUGGCGCUUUACUCUGCUCUGUUCUCUUACUCCGGAUGGGACACACUGAACUUCGUCACGGAGGAGAUCAAAAACCCAGAGAGGAACCUGCCCCUGGCCAUCGCCAUCUCCAUGCCCAUCGUCACUGUGAUCUACAUCCUGACCAAUGUUGCCUACUACACUGUGCUGCCCAUUCCCGCCAUCCUGGACAGUGACGCUGUGGCUGUGACGUUUGCAGACCAGGUGUUUGGCGUGAUGAACUGGACCAUCCCUCUAGCGGUGGCUCUCUCCUGCUUCGGAGGACUCAACGCUUCUAUCCUGGCUGCCUCCAGGCUGUUCUUCGUGGGCUCCAGGGAGGGCCAUCUCCCAGACUACCUCUGCAUGAUCCACGUCACCCGCUACACCCCCAUCCCCGCACUGCUCUUCAACGGUGCCAUGGCUCUGGUCUAUCUGUGUGUGGAGGACAUCUUUAAACUGAUCAACUACUACAGCUUCAGCUACUGGUUCUUUGUGGGCCUGUCUAUCCUGGGACAGCUGUACCUGCGCUGGAAACAGCCAGACAGAGUCCGACCCCUCAAGCUCAGUCUGUUCUUCCCGAUUAUCUUCUGUUUCUGCACCGUGUUCCUGGUGGUGGUUCCCAUCUACAGUGACACUAUCAACUCUCUGAUUGGCAUCGGCAUUGCCCUAUCAGGAGUCCCCGUUUACUUCCUGUGUAUCUACACUCCCGCCACCAAAAGGCCCGUGUGGCUCCGCAGGUUCUUUGCCAACUUUGGUCUGUUGAUUCAGAAGGUGUGCUAUUCUGUUGUGACUGAGUUGGAUGUCAUAGAAAAGUUGGAGUGAAGAGAUAAGAACCAACACACUGAAGACGCACAAAACACUCCCUGGCCAGUAUUUCCCUCAGCCAUGGGCUGCUGAUUAAAACGGCAGCCAUUCAUUGGACCAAAUCUCUGGCCAACCAAUUAUCGCCAUGAUAUGUUCAUGUUCAUUGGACGAUGGGGUCGUUCUACGGCCAGGAUGACACUCCAGCUGCCUCUGAGGAGGAUGUUCCACACACACACACUCCUGAUGUAUCAAUACUAAACCAUUCCUAUGCCUUACAUGUUUUACUCAAAUACUGAUAUUUAUGAUCUUUCAAUGUAGGCACAGGCAGCCCAAUUCUGAUCUGUUUCCACUAAUUGGUCUUUUGACCAAUCAGAUCAGCUCUUUUGCCAAUAAUUGGGCAAAAUAUCAGAAUGGGGCUGCCUUUAUAAACACAGAGGUAUAAGUCUACUAAUACCUGUGAAGUGGCAUUAAUAAAAUGUCACUAUUGAAUAACAAUAGAUACUGAAGACAUGUAGGAAAGAAAUCUAAUUAGAGGGUUAAUUUGUUUUGUGGGUAGGUAGAUCAUCAUUGAAACAGCACUGCUGACAAUAAAUGUCGUCUUUGGCAUCACCUGUAGUGAGGACUGGAACAGUAGAAUAGUAGAAUAUAGGUUGCUCUAGACACUUUUUUGUGUUCUAUGUAAAUGUCUGUCCCACCUGAAGCUUUUAAGAUCUUUGUGAAGCAAGGGGGGGGUUGGUUGAGUCGAUGGUUAGUCAAAGGUUUUCACUGUAUUUAUAAUAAAUUACUGAUAGAAAUGUUA